UAUAUGUACUAGUAUUAUUGCUAUUAUUGACGUAUAUAUAAUUUCUACGUUCAAACUUCAAUGUUGGGUGGUACAACCGGUAAAGGUAACCACUGAGAUUCUGAUUCUGAUAUCGAUUUGCCCAUAAGACAUUCUGAACACGAAAUGGCUGAGGCCACAGAAUUGAUACAAAAUCACCAUUCAAAAAUAUAUACUCCAAAGGCUUUGAUAAAUGUUGAAGAUAACCGGCCAUUUGAAAUAUUACAACUGAGUAAGCUAAGCAUUGUGCACAUCAAUGAUGACAUCUUAUGUAUCUUGAAAAUUCCAAUACUUCGUAAACUCCCAAUCUGUAUUAUGUACAUCCAUUGCCAAAUAAUGAAAAUAUUAUAUUAGAACCACCUAUUACAUUUUAUUUAAGUAAUGAUGUAAAAGAAGCUUGGACUGACACACCCUGUAAGAAAACUGAAAAGUUUCACGUUUGCUUUCACAUGCAUUGC